AUGCAGCUCUCAGAGUAUGACCUGAUCAUCGUUGGCGCUGGCACUUCCGGCUGUGUGCUGGCAAACCGCUUGUCAGAAGACCCGAACGUGUCAGUGCUCGUCCUGGAAGCUGGAGAGAACCGCAGUGAUGACGAACGUAUCUACACGCCCGGUCUAGCAGGCGGCGUCUUGGAUGAUCCCGAGUUUGAUUGGCAAUAUGUUUCGGAGCCAUCUCCCGGCUUGAACAAUCGACCCAUGAAGCACCCUCGUGGACGCGCUAUAGGUGGCAGCAGCGCGAUUGACUCUUUGGCCAUCAUCUAUCNNCCUUCAGCUUCAGACAUCAAUAUUUGGGCGGAACUCGGAAACGACAAUUGGGAUUGGAAAACACUUGCGCCAUAUCUCCACAAGUUUCAGACUAUUGUGCCGCCGAACGAAGAUGUCAAGAAGCAACUGAACAUCAUCCACAGCGACGAAAGCAUUCGGGAAUCGGAUGGACCAAUUCAAACUGUGUUCCCAUCACGAGUCACGGCACUUCAUGAGACCUGGAUCAACACUUUCCGCGCUCUGGGCCUUGAGAACGUCAGCGAUCCAUUGACUGGACACGCCAUUGGUGGGCAUACCUCAACUUGCCAUAUCACUGGAGAUCGUCACGAGCGCAGUCACGCAGGAGUGGCAUAUCUGGAUCCCAUUCUUGAACGUCCAAACGUGACAGUACUCAAGCAUGCACUCGUUCAUAAUCUAUUGAUCGAGACAGACAGCGCGAGACCAAUUGUCUGUGGCGUUCAAUACUCGCAGGAUGGUGUUCUUCACAAGGUUCUAGCCAGGAGAGAAGUCAUACUUGCGGCUGGCACCUUCAAUACACCACAGAUCUUGGAGCUCUCGGGGAUUGGUAAUCCCAGUGUCUUUGCGGAGCACAAUAUCGACACUAUCUACGCGAAUCCAGCCGUUGGUGAAAACUUGCAAGACCACAUACGAGCGGGUCUUUCUUUCGAGGUCAAUGACGGCAUCCCGAGACGUGUCCCAGUCCCUACGAAGGAGGAACGUAGGCAGUACGAUGAGAACCGAUCUGGACCUUUGGGAGAAAACGGCGCCUACAUGUUUUCUUACACGCCGCUUACACCUUUCUUCGACUCAAAGGAGCAUGCAGAAUUGAAGAGUCUGCUUGACCACCAUCUAAUCGAUGACGGAAGUUGGUCGCCAAUCGAACGCAAGCGCAACAAUCUCAUCCGCAAUGCUAUUGAAUCCGCCAAUGAAGCAACAGCCGUAACAUUCCUUUCGCGAGCGCCGUGGAACGAUGGAGAGGAUGGCAACUUUGUCUCUUUGAACUCUAUGUUGUCUCAUCCUUUCUCCGUCGGCAGCGUCCAUAUCACCUCUGCUGAUCCUCACACGAAGCCCAAGAUUGAUUUCAACUACCACUCGCACCCGCUUGACGUGGAGAUACAUGCUCGACAUAUGCAAGUGCUAGACAGGCUGGCAAAGACAGAACCAUUGGCAUCAUACGUUGUACCUGAGGGCAGAAGACUUCCGAGAGAAUACCAAGCGGAUACGAUCGACGAUUACAAAGAGGUGGUGCGAGCCUAUGCAAAGACGAAUUAUCAUCCAUGCGGUACAUGCUCUCUGGGGACUGUGGUGGACGGUCGUUUGAACGUGAAAGGCGUACGAAAUCUCAGAAUUGUCGAUGCGAGUAUCAUGCCUAUCAUACCAAGAGGGAAUAUCAUAGCGACGGUUUAUGCAGUUGCUGAGCGUGCUGCCGAUCUCAUUAGCGAGGAUCUUGGCUUGGAUAGACAUACAUAG